GUUUGUGUCCGUGCCUUUCGGUUCGGUGUGACAAAAUCAGUAGGGAAUUGCUAUCACUGAACGACGGUAACGGAACAGAUCGCCGGGAAAAAACAUGUGGUUUACACUAAAAAUAUGAAUACAGUUUAUUAAAUUCAAGCGAUCUUUUUUGGAAAAAGUUUAUCUGCGGAUUUCAAAUGCACACACAUACAAUAGCUCGACCAGAUACGGAUGCACACACAUAGGCACACAGAUUCAGUGGCUCAAAAGUGAAGUUCGGUUUUUAUAGUAGCACAAACAGCGUGUUUCGUUUUUGCACUAGCUUAAAUUACAAAAUUUAUUUUUGUUGGUGUUGGUGUAACUAGUGUUGUUUUUAGGGAAACGCGCCUUAAAACUACCAAAAUUACUCCGACUAGCAGUGGAAAAGCUGAAUCCAACUCAACAAAAAAACCAACUUUAAAAGUUGACGGUGAUCAAAAAAAUCAAGCUACAACAACAACUGGCCGCUGGAAACUACAACUACAACAAAUAAAGCAGACAGCAAAACCAAAAACAACAACCCAGCAAACGGCAUUCUUUCGCGCAACAACAAAGACUCGAAAGAGAGAGCAAGCACACAGUUACUCCCAUUUGCGCUCACCCGCGUGUGUAUGUGUGCUGUUGUGAGUGAAUUUUGAUUAAAGUGUGCUCUCCCUCUCCCACACUUGGCCGCUACCCCUCUUCCCUGUUACUGCCCCUUCCUCAACCAGCGACGCUGGAAUGCGGCCCGUUCGCUGUUGACUGCGCAGUCGCAGCGCGCGUCGUGGAAGAGGUCAGAAAAUAACAACAACGAAUCGAAAAUUGUACUCUUAGGCAUUUAUCGAUAGCCAAAUCGAUGAGUUUCCUCCAAAGUGCACAAAGAGUGAGCUAAAAAAUUAAUCAAACUACCAAUUGAAAACUCAGUUAUUGUGGAUUACGCGAAACAGCAGCAGAAACAGAAUCAACAAUGCCGACCACUGCAGCGGCUUAAGCAACGUAUUUCAAACGCGCGCGCUGUAUACGGAAAAUGAUGCAGCAUGCGAGCAUUUUGCACCGUCAGCGCGCCUUUGGAAGUAUGCGCGUCCUCAGCCGAGCAACUAUCACCAGGCUCGCGAUUCCUGGCCCUGAGACUUCUGGGGCAGCAGCAGCCGAAAACCUUGUACUUCCUAGUCGAUGCCAAGAGUCGAGUUCGCGAGGUCUACACGCAGACAUGUCUGCACUUUGCCACGCAAGGGAUGCUGGACACCGAACUGUUCGGUCUGGCUGUGCUCAUAGAUGGCGAGUACAUGUUCGCAGAUCCCGAAAGCAAGCUCUCCAAAUACGGCCCGAAGAGCUGGCGAUCCUCGCACACUCACGGGCUGGAUGCCAAUGGACGACCACUCUUGGAGCUACACUUCCGCGUGCAGUUCUAUAUCGAGAGUCCGUUCAUGCUGAAAGAUGAGACGUCCCGUCACAACUACUACCUGCAGCUGCGUCACAACAUCUUGCAGCGCGACUUACCACGAGAACAGGCGGAGCAAGCCCUGGUCUUCCUCGCAGGGCUGGCUCUUCAGGCGGAUCUGGGCGAUGCUCCGCCGGGAUCGGGUUAUUCUAAGGAUGACUCGGGCGAGGAGACACCGGCAUCUACUUCUGGAGCAAGCAGAGGUCUGAGUGUUACCACAACGUUACCCAAGAUCAGCAAACGUGCCAAUGAAAGGAUGUUAAGGCUCUCGACCUAUGUUGCUUCCACAUCGAAGAGGGAAUCGAUACCGUUGCCACCGACCCUGCCACCGAACGGUGCGGAUUACUACCGGAUAGAGGAUUACCUGCCCAGCGGACUCCACACUCCUUGGGCUCGAAGUGCAAUGAGAGCUUGUCAUCGGGAGCAUUUGGGAAUGGCCACGGCUGAGGCGGAAUUGCUGUACAUCCAACAGGCUUGCAGUCUCCAUGAAACCAUCAAUGCCCACACCUAUAGAAUGCGGUUGGCCAAAAGUGAGCAGGGAUCGGGCAGUGCUUGGUUCGUGGUCUAUGCCAAAGGUAUCAAGAUCCUGGGAGGAGAGUGUAUCAGCAGUACGUCCACCCCCGAAGCUACCACCUUUCUGUGGCCAAAUAUCACGAAGCUCUCCUUUGAGCGGAAGAAGUUUGAGAUACGAUCAGGGGAAAGCAGAAUCACCCUGUACGCUGCAUCGGAUGAGAAAAAUAAACUACUUCUGACCCUCUGUAAGGACACCCAUCAGUGGAGCAUGAAGCUGGCAGCCAGAUUGAAGGAGGUAUCAAAGCGAGAAGAGGAGGAGGCUGCCGAGUCCCAGAGGCUCCACGCGAGUUAUGCCUGUUCCAGAAGUUUGCUCCUGCCCUACAAAAGCAAAAACGAGCAACGCAUCUCGGUGAUAUCCAGCACCAGUUCCAAUACCACCUCUGGGAUAGUAAGCGAUCGAGUGCACUCCGAGGAUGAGCUAGAGAUUAUGAUCAAUACACCGCCUGCCCCCUUGGCUGCUCCCUCGACAGAAAGUUUAGCUUUGGCCCAUCUUUUGGACAGACCUAGUGUGAGCAGGCAAACUUCCAGUGUGGGACAGAUGUCCCUUAAGGAUCUGGAAGAACAACUGGCUGCCUUAAGUGUCAGACCACCAGAUGCGAGCUCCAACGGAGCCACGUCCAUAAUGAACACAUCUGUCCAGAGAAAUUCCAUGGGCACAGCAGCCAACGAUUCUUCUACGGCUACGGAUUCCCCCAGCUCGCAGCAUAACAUUGGCUCUCAGUGUUCUUCCACCUGCAGUACUGUGGUGGUAACUUCGCCUGCAAAUGGAACAGGUGCUUCAUCAGCAGGUGCUCCUAUUCCUGUGCACUCCACUUCAUCUAGUUUGGAACUGGGCUUCAGUCACACAGCUCAAAACUCCGCCCUGAGCGAAACGAAUACCGGAGACUAUCUUCCCACAUCCGCAAGAGAGGAAACAGAGAGCGUUUCGGGUGCGUCUGGAGUUUAUACCUUGGCCCACGGAGUUCCACCCACCGAAACAUCAGGAGUCUAUACCAUGCACAGUAGCGAGUUAACCGGGCAGUCGUCGGAGAUGGCUGAGUCAGAAAAGAGUUCGCACUACGGAAUGUUCCAGCCACAGAAGCUGGAAGAUAACCAUGUGACACACUCUGAUUCUGUAGAUGGGAAAAAACCAGAGGAAUUCAGACUGCGAUCGGACUCCAACAUCAGUACGGGCAGUUCCUUCAGGGGCGAUGGCAGCGAUCCAACAGAUAACAAGCAUUCCUUGCUCUCGGCCGAAGAGUUAACCAAUCUGAUUGUGGGCAGGGGUACCUAUCCUAGCCGGAAAACAGUAUCCAGCAGCCUGCACUCUGACUGUGAUUACGUGACAUUACCAAUAGCAAAUCAAGGAGAGGAAGAGGUGGAUCAGCCACCAGCACCACCGCCGCCCUACAGUGCCAGGCAUGAGAAAACCGGACUAUGUGGCCCACCGAUUACCAAACCAGUGCCCAAGCCUAUAGCUGUGGUGUCUCCCAAACCGGACACACCAUCUUGCAGUCCACCAAUACCACCAGCACCACUUCCAGCUCCACCAGUGGCUCUCCGACGAAGAGAUCCGCCGCCAUAUACCAGCUCCAGUAAGCCCAGACCCACAUCCCUGAUAUCUGUGAGUUCCUCGGCGAAUCCUGCUCCUAGUGCUGCCGGCUCGAUGAGUUCUUUGAAAUCCGAGGAGGUUACAGCCAGGUUUAUCACCACCAGGCCACAGAUUAGUAUUCUGAAAGCCCACACCAGCCUGAUACCUGACGGAGCGAAGCCGAGUUAUGCGGCGCCGCACCAUUGCUCAUCGGUUGCCUCCUCCAAUGGAUCAGUUUGCAGUCACCAGUUGAGUCAGCAAUCGCUUCAUAACUCCAACUAUGCUGGCGGUUCCCAGGCUUCACUACAUCACCAUCACUUGCCGGCACACCACAGACAUUCCGGGUCCGCUGCCAUUGGGAUACCAAUAGUUCCUUACGGCCUACACAAGAGUACGGCUUCACUGCAUCAUCAGCAUCAGUCAUGUGUGCUCCUGCCGGUGAUUAAGCCCCGUCAGUUUCUCGCACCACCACCACCCAGCUUGCCCAGGCAGCCGCCACCUCCUCCUCCACCGAAUCAUCCUCAUCUAGCCGGUCAUCUUUAUGGGAGGGAACUAGCAAGGAAGCAGUUGGAACUCUAUCAACAGCAGCUCUACAGCGAUGUGGAUUACGUGAUUUAUCCCAUUCAGGAUCCAGCGGUCAGCCAGCAGGAGUAUCUAGAUGCCAAACAGGGAUCGUUGCUGGCGGCGAUGGCCCAAGCAGCACCACCACCACCGCACCACCCAUAUCUGGCAAUGCAGGUGUCGCCAGCAAUUUAUAGGAGCACCCCCUAUCUACCACUGGCACUGUCAACCCACUCGAGAUAUGCGUCCACCCAAAAUCUAUCGGACACUUAUGUCCAGCUUCCGGGGCCUGCUUAUUCACCUCUUUACUCUCCAUCGAUGGCCAGCCUCUGUUCCUCGUAUGAGCCACCACCUCCUCCACCCCUUCAUCCGGCGGCAUUGGCAGCAGCCGCUGCUGCCGGGGCCAGUGGUAAUUCUUCCUCAAUGUUUGCACGAUCGCGAUCAGACGAUAAUAUUCUGAACUCGUUGGAUUCGAUGCCUAAGGGGAAGCGUCUGCCUCCACCACCACCACCGCCCUACGUCAACAGGCGACUGAAGAAACCACCUAUGCCGGCGCCCAGUGAAAAACCACCUCCAAUACCCUCAAAGCCCAGUCCCAGUAUGAUGAGCCCGCUGCCACCUCGCAAGCCACCAACACUGAAUCCGCACCACGCGAACUCUCCGCUAACGAAGACUUCCAGUGGCGCCCAAUGGGCAGGUGAGCGGCCGAGGCCGGACUUGGGGCUUGGCCUCGGGUUGAAUCGAGGAAACAACAGUAUACUGGCCCAGCUGCAGGCUUCAAUGGUAGCCGAAUCGCAAGCUCAAGCCAUGGAUAUUGCUCUGCUCCGGGAAAAAAGCAAGCAUCUGGAUCUGCCACUGAUAUCCGCUCUUUGCAACGACCGCUCAUUGUUGAAGCAGACAAAGGUGAUGCUUCAUCCGAAGACCGGCCAGGAGAUUCCAAGCUCCAGUGCGCAGUCUUUAGGACCCACCACCAAUGGUGGUUCUAAUUCCUCUGGCGGAGGUACCUUGAGCAAGGUCAGGAAAGGAUCCACCGUGAGCCACCGCCAUCCGCAGGACAAACUGCCACCUUUGCCUGUCCAACAAUUGGCGGAGGCCAACAAUUACGUGAUCGAUCCCGCCGUCAUGAUGAAGCAGCAGCAGCAGCAGCACCACCACAAGACCAGUUAGACUCGCAAAGCUAAAUGGGAACCCGAAACGGAAAUGGACAAUGGGUCCAAGACGACACUCUCCUCUCUAGUUCGAUUGCUGAUCGACUUGCUGACGUAUUUGUGUGCCCAGGUGAAGCGCUAAUUCUGCGUUCUGAAAUUUGCAUAGAUCGAGUUGUGUAAAGAGUUUUCUAUAUUCGAUCACAGUGUUUCGGAGGGUAGAGAUUCGCUUGACACCAAGGGGUAAUGAGAACCACCGGGAGGAUCAGUUAGCAGAGCAGCAGAAUCAGUGUCAGCUAAACAGUAACUAACAAGCAUUUAACUAACAGAGGCCAGUUAUUAGAAGAACACGUAAAGGAAUAGACGAGAAACCGUAACAUUUGCUUCUUAAUCUUCAUUAAUGAAUUCAGAAAAACAGAGAAAUAGAGUAAAACUGAACACAAAGUCAAUAACUAACCUAACACGACGUGAGCAACAUAACCUCAAAUACGCAUUCAAAUAAUCUGAACCCAGUCUAGUCACUUAAGGGAAUUGGUAACGUAACCACAAUGAAAGCCACAAUGACACACCAACGGAAAUAGAGAGAGAGUAGAAAAAAUGGGAAGCAACAAUACUCAAGUAUAAAAUACGACCACUACCUAAUUAACUAAACUACAACGUAGAACUUUAGUCUUAGCUGCAAGUACUUAGUUAGGCCAGAAAUGCGAAUACUUAACACUAACUACUUCCGCCCAAACAACUGUGAUUGAUUUUAUUUAAACUUACACUAAAUUUACAACUAUUUUAGUCACCAAGAACAACGCAACAUUUAACAUAAAACUAUGCAAAUUUUCUAGUACGUAGCAAUCGCCCCUCACACGUAACACACACAUACUCUCAACGAAUCGGGCCAGCGAUUGUACCGGGUAUAAAAAUUUCGAA